CCUUCAAACUGGAACCCAACAACACCAAGUACUGCUGCUAUGCGGUAGAAAAUUUAGUUAAUUUACAUUUAGGCCUUAAUUAUUUAUAAAUGUAACUUAAAAUUAGCUACUGUACAAGUCAUACCGCGUGGAAUAGUGGCAAGAGAGCUAUCAGUAUUUUCCGGUGAAUCGCAAUUCCAAUCCUCUUGGUGAAAUUUAUUUUUUAAUAAUUUAUUAUUUUUUUCAAUAUUUGCUCACUCGACACAGGUAAAGAUUACGGACCUUAUAUAUAAACGUUGCGUUAGCGACAGUUCAUUGAAACACUGAUUUCUCUCUGUUACCAUUGAUUUGACAUUCGAAAGAAGAAGACACCGCUGUUUAACUAAUCGUUCAUGAGUUAUUAAUAAUAAUGGCCUCUAGACCGAUUUCGGCCACGGCCUUAUAUCUAGCCACUCUACCAAGGAGGAAGUGAAACUCGUUUAUAAAGUUACAUCCUUAUGUCACUGGAUGCACACACGUUAGACCUGCAAGAGUUAAGACACGGACUAUCAAACGUGACUUGUUUGAGGAUAUUUGACCAUUCAGAUUCGAGGACACGGUCCUAUCUCGCCGAUUGGAAGGCCAGGACGUCAUCAGAUGUGAAAAUUCCAAGACAGACACAUGAAAUUACUGUUGAAGCAGCUCUAGCGAGCGAUGCAGCAAGGCUUUUAACAGACGCUAUAGAAAGUGCUCCAGAUGCAUUCAAAAUAGAAGCACAAGGAAUCGAGUGCAACUCAGAUGCUCAGUGGGACGUGGGAGAAGAAUUUACUAACCACCUGCUAACGAAUCCAAUAACGGGCAUCACUGGUCUUAUAACAAUAGACAACACGACGGGCGAAAGAACUAAUUUUAAUGUUGAAAUAAUGGAGUUAUCUAACAGUGGUUUUAAUAGUAUUGCAAAGUGGACUGCCGAAUCCGGGUUUAUUCACGUCCGAACUGCGAAUGAAGUCUCAGACCUUUUAGCCGAGAAAUGGCAGAAUAAAACAUUCAAAGUUGUAUCGCGUAUCGGAGCUCCAUAUUUAGUCGAAAAAGUACCACAAGAAGGCGAAGUUUUAACUGGAAACGAUCGAUACGAAGGAUACUCGAAAGAUCUUAUACACGAAAUAUUAAAAGAAACCCUGCAUUUAAAUUACGAGUUUGAAAUUGUACCGGGAAACUUGUACGGCUCAUAUAAUAAAGAUACCAGAAAAUGGGACGGCCUAAUUGGACAUCUUCUGGAAAGGAAAGCAGAUUUAGCUAUAUGUGACUUGACUAUAACAUAUGAACGAAGGGCCGCAGUGGACUUUACCACGCCUUUCAUGACUCUAGGCAUCAGUAUCUUGUAUUCGAAGCCCACGCCUCCAGAACCAGAACUGUUUUCAUUUCUUAAGCCGUUUUCUGUCGAUGUUUGGAUUUACAUGGCUGCAGCGUAUUUGAUGGUGUCACUGCUACUCCACAUAUUAGCCAGGCUUGCUCCAAAUGAUUGGGAGAAUCCUCAUCCAUGUGACAAAUCUCCCGAGGAAUUGGAAAAUAUUUGGCAUAUCAAAAAUUCCUGUUGGCUGACUGUUGGAUCUAUUAUGACCCAAGGUUCCGAUAUUUUGCCAAAAGGUUAUUCCACACGAUGGGUAUGCGGUAUGUGGUGGUUUUUCGCUCUUAUAAUGUGUUCGUCUUAUACGGCCAACCUUGCUGCUUUCCUGACGAAUGCAGCUAUGGAUGAUUCGAUUAAGAGCGCCGAGGUCUUAGCGAUGCAAACUAAGAUCAAGUACGGGACUUUGCAGGGCGGUUCCACUUCUUCAUUUUUUAAGCGUUCAAAUGUAUCUAUAUACCAAAGAAUGUGGGCAGCUAUGGAGUCUGCGCGACCAUCGGUCUUCGUUAAAAACAAUGACGAAGGAGUAGAGAGGGUAUUAAAAAGCAAACGAUCGUAUGCAUACUUGAUGGAGUCUACAGCCAUUGAGUACCAGCUGGAAAGACAUUGCGACUUGAUGCAAGUCGGCGGUCUUCUUGACUCUAAAGGAUACGGAAUAGCCAUGCCAUUCUUUGCAUCAUAUCGGACUGCAGUCGACAAUGCAGUGUUGAAAUUAGCGGAGAGUGGAAAGUUAGUGGAAUUAAAUAAUCGUUGGUGGAAACUUACCGACGAAGAAGCUUGUGUCUCUGAAGAAGCCAGCGAGGAGGGAGCGAGUGCGGGCGAAUUGGGAGUGGAUAACGUAGGCGGAGUUUUCGUUGUCCUGGGGAUAGGUUGUGGAAUGGCUGCUGCAAUGGGAGGUUUUGAAUUCCUCUGGCAUAUCAGAGAUGUCGCUGUGGAGCAGAAGAUGACACCAUCGGAAGCGUUUUGGGCGGAGUUAGCCUUCGCCUUAAGUUUUUGGGUAACUGAAAAGCCUGUCCAGCACUCCAGGUCGUCGUCCACUGCGUCUGGCUCGAACAUCGCCUCGAGAGCGUCAUCGGUACUUCGUUCAGCGGUCGACUUGUUUCAUCUCGAAGUUUUUAAUAAAUAGGAUAUUCGUAAAGGUAACAUUUUAAUUACUGGUGGUAGGGCGUUGUGCAAGCUCAUCUGGAUAGGUACCACCCACUCAUUAGAUAUUCUACCGCAAAACAGCAGUACUUGGUAUUGUUGUGUUCCAGUUUUAAGGGCUAGUGAGCCAGUGUAAUUACAGGCACAAGGGACAUAACAUCUUAGUUCCCAAUGUUGAUGGCAUUGGCGAUGUAAACUAUAGUAAACAUUUCUUACAAUGCCAAUGUCCAUGGGCAUUAGUGACCUUUUACCAUCAGGUGGCCCGUCUGCCUAUUUUAUAAAAUAAAAAAAAAAAACAAUUGAAGGGUUGUGUGCGGACUCGUCUAUUAUGGUAGUUAACAAUAAUGAUUUUACCGCCAAAUAUUUAUAUACUACAUUGCUGUGUUCCGGUUUGAAGGGUGAGCGAGCCUGGCAUGACGCUCUGUCAUGUUACCAUACCUUCGAUGCCGCUCUCUACUUAUUACUCGCUGUAUGUGCCUGUUAUGUGUGUGAUACGCGUAUUUAUGCAUCAAAACUAGAUUUAUUUGCUUAUAGAAACUACGUUUCAAUUCAUUUUAUAAACAAAUAUGGUUGUUUAUUGGUUUUCCUUAAGCAUAUAUUUUUUUUAAUUUACCAAUAUUUUGUAUAGAUUAAUUCAUUUUGUCAAUAAGGGUUUAUCAUU